AUGGACUCAUAGCAGGAAAACGAUUAGCGCAUUAACCAAAGAAUAAACUUCUACAAGCCCUAACCCACAAAAGAUGAUUAUUUCGAUUAAAGAUAGAACUUUGCCACCAAAAUCAGAAGAGACAACAAAAACUCAGUCAUCCACAGAAAGAGACUCAACGGUAUCUCAGCUGAAAAUUUGAUUCAUAUUAAGGAAAUCUCCAAUGUGGAUAUGAGUAGUAGUGGCAGUCUUUAACAUAACAUGAUAAUCAUAAACGGCUAAUCGUAAGAUCCUGACCAGCACAUCCAAGUUCUCUAGCUUCUUUAAAAGCUUAUGCAGCCCGAGCAAAUAGUUGAGGGCAUUGCACAAGAUAAGAAAAAAGAUUUACUUUACUUAAGAGAACUCAGACAGGCUUUAAUUGCCCACUAAGAUGAGCUUACAUUCCAUUAAUUCAUCCUUAAGGGUGGCAUUAAGGUCCUUACUAGUUAUAUUAUUGACUCUAAAACUAAUCAGCAAUCAAAGGAAGAAGCUAUAUGGGCUCUUACUAAUCUAUCAAUCUUUAGUGGCUCAUAUGAGGCUGAUUUCAUGGAAGCGUGUGAGGCUUUGCUUCACAUAUUACAUAGUGAUAAAAUCGAUAAUCUCGGUUCAUUGCUAAACCUAAAAUAGCAAUGUCUUAAAACUUUAGGCAAUCUGGCUAUUGAUUCUGAAAAAAUGAGACACUAAAUUGCCAACUUCAAUGGCAAUGGCUUGAAAACAAUAAUUGACUUGAUAUAUUUUAAUAGAGCUCCAUUGACAGAAUAAUGCUUUUGGACUCUUAACAACUUUCUGAUUGCUGAUUUCUAGUAUAAUUAGUUAUGCAUUUAAUAGGGCUUAUGCAAAGCUAUUAACAAUACUAUCGAUAAAGUUCAGGUAAAAUCUGAGGAUUUAUUAUCUGAGAUGCUAUGGUGUCUGCACUAUUUGAUCAGGAAUGAGGAGUAAGUUGCCUAAUUUGUCUGUGAGUAGAUUCCUAAUCUUCACAAAAAACUGGCCGCUGAAUUAGAAUCCUCAGUCUCCAUAACAUCAAACAUUGUAAGACCAAUAAUCAACAUCCUUGGAAACAUAAUUCCAUUGCGUUUGGAAUAUGGCCAUGACUUGAUGUAUGAUGAGAAAUUUCAAACCUUCAUUCUGACGAUAUUGUUCCAACCAGACGACUAGAAUCUCUACAAAAAGGAAUGUCUAUGGGUCCUAUCAAAUAUUCUUGCUGGUCCAUCUGAGCACAAUUUCGAAUUCAUACUUGAGAACAAGAAUCUUUUGGAACAAAUCAUCCACAUUGCCUCCUCUUAAGACUACCAAGUAAAAAAAGAGGCUCUUGUUACCCUAUACAACCUGUGUGAGAACCAUCAAAAUCGUUACCUGCAGAAGGUAAUGUCAAAAAACCCCUCUCAGGCUUUCUUCUAAGUAUUACAGAAUUACUUUACUUGUGAUCCCUAUUUACUGAAGGUUUCGAUUUCAUUCUGUUCCUUGAUCUGUGAGAAGUAUCCAGAGCAGGCUAUAAAACUCAUUCAGCAAGAGAAUAUCUCUGAGAUGAUUGAGAAUAUUCAGUACAAGUACGAGCAGAACCCAGAAUUAGUCUAGCUUUCAUCGUCGUUUCUGGAGAAGUACAUCUAUAACAUUUCCCAUGAUGCUGUAGUAGAUGAAAGCAGUAUGCACGAUACUAACAAUGAGAAAAUGAGUUUUAACAUUUGA